UAGACAUUCAAAAUGAAUGGAAGAUAAUGGAAAAUAAAGUGAAGCAUUUGAAAGUUUUAGCUCCACAUUUUCCAUUUCAAUUUGCUUUUGGCACUAUAAGAGAGAGUCAUAUUAGGCGGAUUGUGACUUGAAAUUUUGGAGAAUACACAGCAAUUCUGGCAUGGAACUGUACAAUGUCUCAUAGUUCUUUAGCUGAAUACUGCCCCGUCAAGGAAGCAAGCAAGCUAGAUCCAAGUGACGGCUGUAAAAUGCAUGACCAAAAUCAAGAUUCAAUGCAAUUGAAAAAAGAAAUCUCCUUGCUCAAUGGGAUCAGCCUCAUAGUAGGCAAUAUGAUUGGUUCAGGUAUUUUUGUCUCUCCGAAAGGAGUUCUUAUCUACAGUGCAUCCUAUGGGUUGUCACUGAUCAUUUGGGCAAUUGGAGGAAUUUUUUCAGUGUUUGGAGCUCUCUGCUAUGCUGAACUUGGAACCACUAUCACCAAGUCAGGAGCCAGCUAUGCAUAUAUCUUGGAGGCAUUUGGCAGCUUCAUUGCAUUUAUUCGCUUGUGGACUUCACUACUGAUCAUUGAGCCAACGAGUCAGGCAAUUAUUGCUAUCACCUUUGCUAACUACAUAGUGCAGCCUGUUUUCCCUUCUUGUGAGCCUCCUUAUUUCGCUUGUCGUCUCAUUGCAGCUGCUUGUGUGUGUCUUCUAACAUUUAUAAAUUGUGCCUAUGUUAAAUGGGGAACAAGGGUGCAGGAUGUAUUCACCUAUGCCAAAGUCAUUGCCCUUAUUGUCAUCAUCAUAACAGGAAUUGUUAAACUAUGCCAGGGACGUUCAGAACACUUUCAAAAAGCAUUUGAAGGAUCUUCUUGGGACCUCGGAGACAUUUCUCUUGCCCUAUACUCUGCCCUGUUCUCUUAUUCGGGUUGGGAUACACUUAAUUUUGUAACGGAAGAAAUCAAAAACUCAGAAAGGAACUUGCCACUAGCUAUUGCCGUUUCUAUGCCAAUUGUGACAGUUAUCUAUAUUAUGACCAACAUAGCUUACUAUACGGUGCUGGAUAUUAAUGCUGUUCUUUCUAGUGAUGCUGUGGCAGUGACAUUUGCUGACCGGGUAUUCGGCAUUUUCAGUUGGACAAUUCCUAUUGCUGUAGCCUUUUCAUGUUUUGGUGGACUUAAUGCCUCAAUUUUAGCAUCAUCUAGGCUGUUUUUUGUAGGCUCCCGGGAAGGCCAUCUCCCUGAUCUGUUGUCUAUGAUACACUUAGGGAGAUUCACACCAAUACCUGCACUGCUGUUCAAUUGUACUAUGACCAUCAUUUACCUCACUGUAGAAGAUGUCUUCCUUCUUAUUAACUACUUCAGUUUCAGUUACUGGUUUUUUGUUGGACUAUCAAUUGCUGGGCAAUUGUAUUUACGCUGGAAGGAACCAGAGCGUCCAAGGCCUCUUAAGCUGAGCCUAUUUUUCCCAAUAGUCUUCUGUAUAUGCUCAGUAUUUUUAGUGGUAGUGCCUCUCUAUAGUGACACCAUUAAUUCAUUGAUUGGAAUUGGUAUUGCUUUGUCUGGAAUUCCAGUCUACUUCAUAGGAGUCUAUUUGCCCAUAUCCAGAAGACCUCCCUUUAUCAACAAGAUUUUAGGUGCUAUUACUCGAGCUACCCAGCUGCUUUGUUACUGUGUUUUGACAGAAAUGGACAUGAGUGAAGAAAAGAAACAGGAGACCAAGUCUUACUAGAUAUGAAGCAAUUCCAAAAAAAUGUAAAAAGCAAAAAACAUGCAACUAAGGAAACAGAAAAAGCUCAAUGGGGAAAAUGGGACAAUUGAAGGAUCAGA